ACACGGACCCGAGGUGCCUCCUCCUUCGUGCAGAGGUCUCUAUAUAUUCUCCUUCCGCCGUUGGUUCGUGGCAUCGCCGUCCCGUCGCACCGAGAGACAAGCUCAAGAAGAGAGGACCGCCGCCGCCGCGUUUCCUCCCCCCUCGUUGAGAGAGCGACCAUGACACAGCCGCCGCGCCUCCUCCCCGUCGUUGAGCGAGCGGCCAUGACGCAGACGCCGCCGCCGCUGGGCAAGAAGACCAAGGGGCGGCAGCGCAGGGAGAACCGCCGGGUGGAGAAGAAGGAGUCGCGGCAGGUGACCUUUUCCAAGCGAAAGUCCGGGCUCUGGAAGAAGGCCGCGGAGCUCGCCGUGCUCUGCCGCGCCAGCCUCGCCAUCGUCGUCUUCUCCGAGGCCGGCAAGGCGUUCGCCUUCGGCAGCCCCUCCACCGACGCCGUCCUGGGCUGCGCCGACGCUGACGCCCUUGCUCCUGUUCCUGCCGCCGACGACGUGGAGUGGGGGGCCCUGGAGGCGCUGUGCCGGCAGACGGAGGCCAUGGGCGUGGAGGUCGCGGCGGAGGCCGAGCGGAUGAGCGCCGCCGGCAAGAAGGUGGUGGAGGUGCAGACGCAGGCGGGGAAGCGCUUCUGGUGGGAGGCGGACGUGGAGGCGCUCGGGGAGGCGGAGCUGCCGGUGUUCGCCAGGGCGCUCCAGCGCCUCCGGGACAACGUGCGCCGCCACGCCGACAAGAUGCCCUCCGCUGCUCCACCGCUUCAGUAG